AUUUGAAAAAGGAAGACCUCGGUAGGGCUUCGACCGGAGUGGGAAAACGGCAGUUUUGACAGUAGACAAUGACAUGGCUAGGUUGAAACUCUGUUUUCAAUUGGAACCGGCACCCUCAAUGUUCCUUUAUGGUGAAGGAACUUAAAUUACCGGUCGGUGACUGAUUCGAAGUUUUACCGGGCAAGCGGGGAUUAAUCGUGAAGUUACGCUAGGGAACGGCAGUACCGGUAAGUAAGCAAAUCCUUGGCGCAAGGCAAUGAUGCAAAGGAGGGCAUUAAUCGACGGACGGCGACAGUGAGUGGGAGUGUGCAUUCCAUAUCCAGUGAUAGGGGGGAGGAAGAGGAAGAGGAAGGCAAGGCAGACGGAAACCCAAGGAGGAGGAGGACGAUGAAGGCUCCGUCAGUGUCCGCAAAGAAGGGCGUCUGGAACAAAUUCACAACAGGUGUGAUGGGGCUGGUGGUGCUGUCCCUGUUGGUUCCCCUCAUCUUCUCGCUUGGUGGCCUUCACGGCAAGGUCGUCUACUCAGGUUCCGGGAGUGAACGCAGAUCAACCGCGUUGGGCGCUAGCUCAAGCCAUCUGGAAGAGCUGGUUGACAUUUUCUCUCCAUCAACUGCAGAUAGUGCUUUAGAAAAUAUUCUAAAAGAAGAAAAUGCUACAACAUUGAGCAGCUCUGACAUUAAUGGAGAAAAACCAGAAGGAAAUGCCCAGUCGAUCAAUUUUGGAGGCCAGAGUGACAGAUCACCAAGUAUGGUUCAACCUCCAUAUGGUGACAUGGUUAAUAAGCUGGAAGAUGGAGUUGUGGAAAGCAACAAAUUGGCAUCUGGAAACAGUGAUCAGACAGAUAAAUCCUGUGAAGAUACAUUUGGAAGCUACUGUUUGUGGUGUAGGGAACACAAAGUAGUAAUGAGAGAUUCUAUUAUUAAAAAAUUGAAAGAUCGGUUGUUUAUGGCUAGAGCUUAUUACCCGAGUAUUGCAAAGAAGAAUCAAACCCAUGAAAAGUUAUCUCUUGAACUGAGGCAGAACAUUCAAGAUUUUGAACGUACUCUUAGUGAUGCAACCACGGAUGGUGACCUUCGGGGCAGUAUGGAGCUCAAGAUACAAAACAUGGAAGUUGCUAUAGCCAAAGCUGAAGCAGAGCAUGUAGGCUGCUAUAAUGUGGACAAGAAGUUAGCACAAAUACUAGAUAUGACCAAGGAUGAAGCUCUCUUUCACAGGCGCCAGAGUGCCUUUCUGUAUCAUCUGGGUGCACAGACUAUCCCUAAAAGUCAUCACUGUUUGUCAAUGAGAAUGACUGUGGAAUAUUUCAAAUCUCACAUGGAUCAUGCUGGUUUAUCUGUGAUUGGGCAUUCUUCUGCUGCAGAUGUUCAUCACUAUGUCAUAUUCUCCAAAAACAUACUUGCAUCCUCUGUUGUUAUUAACUCGACUGUAACAAAUGGCAAGGAAUAUGGGAAGAUGGUCUUUCAUCUGUUGACUGAUAAUCAGAAUUAUUUUGCCAUGAAGCAGUGGUUUGAGAAUAACAACUAUAACUUGGCCACCAUUUAUGUAGAAAAUAUGGAUAGUUAUAAGCUAGAAUAUACUGCUACCGAUCCUUCUAACAUGUUGCAUCCAUCUGCAUCAGAGGAGUUUCGAGUAACAAUCAGAAGCAAUGGACAAGCAUCUGUUGUACCCAGAAGAACUGAAUACUUGUCCAUGUUCAGCCAAGCAUACUUCUACCUUCCAGAAGUUUUCAGCAACUUGAAAAGGAUAAUUGUCUUGGAUGAUGAUGUUGUUGUUCAGAGAGACUUGUCACCUUUGUGGAGCCUUGACCUGGAAGAGAAGGUAAUUGGUGCGCCAAAGUUCUGCAGAGUGAGGCUUGCUCACCUUAGAGGUUACUUGAACACAGAAGGUUUCAACUAUGAUGGCUGUGUGUGGAUGUCGGGGCUCAGUGUAGUUGACUUGGAGAGAUGGAGAGAAUUGCAUCUAAGCCACAAAUAUCAGGAGUGGCUAAAAAAACAGAAGAAGGGUGAGCCUUUGUUCAGAGCGGGAGCUUUGUCUGCAAGCUUGGUGACAUUUAAUGGUCUGAUUUAUACCCUUGAUGAUUCAUGGGUUUUGAGUGGUCUUGGUCAUCAAUAUGGAAUAGAUUCUAAUAGAAUUGGCAAAGCUGCCGUACUGCAUUACAAUGGAAACAUGAAGCCAUGGCUUGAGCUGGGUAUCCCCCAGUACAAGUGGUAUUGGACACAGUUCUUGAAGAAGGAUGACCAGUACAUGGAUGAUUGCAACGUGAACAGGUAGCACAUGAUGAAAUCAGCGGACCUGUGAUAUGUCCAGUAUAUCCGAUGUGAAAUUUGGCGCUCCGGAUGGAGGCAGAAUGAUCAGUCAAGGUUGAAAUGAGAUUGAAUUGACCCUCUUUUGGUGUUGAUUCGGCCUCUUCUAAUGACAGGAGCCUUCCUCAAUAGGCAAGCAUCAUUCUAUUCUGUUUGCGGCGCUUGGGGGAGACCAUGUAGGCCGUGGGAUGGUAUGAGUAGUCCGGAUAGAAAGAAAUGUUCAUUAGGGGAAAGCCGGAAAAGUUUUUGGAAAAGUAACUGGAAAAGAUAUGAUAGUUCGCGAGUCUGUCAUCGGAUUGUUUUUUGCCGCUUGCUAUGUAAGAUAACCUUGAGGAUUUAACCGGCAGCCAAAUUUACGGUGGCCGCUGUUCAACAAGCAUUUUUUCUUUUC